AUGGCGGCGACGGGGCCCGGUCCCGGCCCCGGUCCCGGUCCGGCGGCGCCUCGUACUAAGACUAAGAAGAAACAGAAGCGGUUCGUACCGCAGCGGGUGAAGGUGCCGCGGGCCGCCGAUCCCCUCCUGGCCGUGCUGGCUUGGGGGGUCAACCACCAGGUGUCACUGACGCGGAGCCCCCCUCACUGGGAUGGCAGCGACCGCCGCCUCCUCCUCUCCUACGACCGCACUUUGGUGGUGAAGGAGCUUUCCAGCGAGGACGUGGCCGACGUCCACGGGCUCCUCUCCCACUACCACCAGGUAGGACCAGAUUAUUUUGGGGGGUCAACCCCCCCGGCAGUGUCCUUUGUCCUCUCCAGGAUGGCAGCCUGCGGGGGGGCCGCUAAGAACAAGGUGACGGUUUCCAAGCGGGUCUGGGACUUCUUGACCAAGGAGAGCCCGGCCAAGCUGGCCCGCCUGAAGGAGGAGACCAAGGUCAGCAUCAUGGUGGACGGCGAGACCUCCGACAUCUACGUCCUGCAGCUCUGCGUGCCCCCCCCCGGCCCCCCGGGGGGGCUCUGCCCGGCCCGCAAAGCCCUCAAAGCUUUAUUGAAAGAAACGGAGAAAGAAUUAAAGAAGAAAACCCAACGGCACGGCGAGCUGGUGGGUUGCGUGGCCGUCCUGGAACCCGGCCCACCAUCUCUGGGUGGUGGCCGGGGGGCAACGGGGGGACGCGGCGGAGGCGGCAGCGGCGGCGGGGGGGCCACCACUGCCUCCGCCGCCACCGGUGGUGGUGGUGGUGGUGGUUCUUCUUCCCGGGAUGAGGAACCGGAGCGUCAGUGUCCCAUCUGCCUGGGGGAGAUCCAGAAGAUGAAGACGCUGGAGAAGUGCCGGCACUCCUUCUGCGAGGACUGCAUCACGCGGGCGCUGCAGGUGAAGACGGCCUGCCCCAUGUGCGGCCGCUUCUACGGGCAACUGGUGGGCAACCAGCCCCCCAACGGCCGCAUGCUGGUCACCCGCGACGCCGGCCUCCUCCUGCCCGGCUACGAGAAGUUCGGCACCAUCAUCAUCCAGUACGUCUUCCCGCCCGGCGUCCAAGGGGUAAGAUGGGGGUGUCGAGUCGCCUACUUGCCCGAUUGCCCCGAGGGCAACAAGGUGCUGGGUCUGUUCCGCAAGGCCUUCGCCCAGCGCCUCACCUUCACCGUGGGCACCUCCAUGACCACCGGCCGCGCCAACGUCAUCACCUGGAACGACAUCCACCACAAGACCAACUGCACCGGGGGGCCACAGCUGUACGGG